CCUCCGCUUCUUCUCCUGCACAUACAACAGCAUCAAACAGAAGAAGAAGAAGAAGCCAUUGGCUCCGAGGAGCUGAUGACGGAGGGAGCGCACUGUCUUCUCCAGGAGCGCGUUAGCCCACAACACACACACACUGCUCCUCCUGCCAGUGGGAUGAGACCAGUGUGUCGGACUGGGAUGCACGUUUAAGUGGAGAACUUUUUUUCUUCUUUUUUUGCUGGUGUUAUUUUUGUGUUUAUUUUGGAGGUGGAGACCUGUUAGGACGAGCGCGUUUACACUCUCCAGGAGCGCGCAGUGUGGCACACGCUGGAACAAAAAACAGUUCAGUGCAGCGAGUGCAGCGCAGGCAGGUUUCCGUUUUAAAAGCAGCAGGAGAGGCAGGAGAGUUACGGAGUCCGCGGGGGAAGCGGUGUCGGUGCACGAGGAAGACGGAGACACUCUCUAAAAACGAGAUAUUGAGAAGAAAUCAGCGGCGGAACUUGGAUAUGGCGGGUGUGAAGACGUUCGACCUUUUCGUUGGAGUUGUUUUAGUUUUGCAGUGUGUGGGGGAUGCCCGAGCAGAGACCACAGCCAGUAACGGGGUCUCUUACUCAUACGUGCAGGGGCAGGCAGGAGAUGAGGACGCCGCAGUGGACGUGAGGCUGUACAGUCACCGGUGGAGGAGAUGGCUUCCCCCAAAACCUCGUAACAUGGACAGUAACAGGGCCAGUCAGGAGCAGGACCAGGAUCCUGAGCAAGAGGAGCCAGAGGGCUUUCCAGGCCUGCUGUCUGCAGAGGAAACAGACAACAGCUCCCAGAUAGAGGAGGAUACAGACCACAACUACUAUACAUCAAAAACUUACAACCCUUCAGAUCCAUUGAGCAAGGAAUUGUGGGUAGAUAUUGACCAGAUGGACAAGGACAAAGUGAAGAUCCACGGGAUUCUGUCCAACACACACAGACAAGCAGCGAGAGUUAAUCUGUCCUUCGAUUUCCCUUUUUAUGGACAUUUCCUGCGUGAAAUCACCGUGGCGACUGGUGGGUUCAUCUACACAGGGGACGUGGUCCAUCGGAUGCUAACAGCUACUCAAUACAUCGCUCCUCUAAUGGCGAACUUUGACCCAAGUGUCUCCAGAAACUCCACUGUCAUCUACUUUGACAACGGUACGGCUCUGGUGGUGCAGUGGGACCAUGUCCACCUACAGGACAACUACAACUUGGGAAGCUUCACGUUCCAGGCAACACUGCACAACACCGGCAGGAUCGUUUUUGCAUACAAAGAGAUCCCCAUAGAGGUGUCACAGAUCAGCUCUGUCAAUCAUCCGGUGAAGGUGGGCCUGUCUGAUGCCUUUGUGGUGGUCCACAAGAUCCAACAGAUACCCAACGUGAGGCGGAGGACAAUCUACGAAUACCACCGCGUGGAGCUGACGAAGACGAGGAUCACUAACUCUACAGCUGUGGAAAUGCUGCCUCUACCCACCUGUCUCCAGUUCACCAGCUGUAGCACGUGCAUCUCCUCACAGAUCAACUUCAACUGCAGCUGGUGCCAUCGACUCAACAGGUGUUCCAGUGGUUUUGACCGCCAUCGACAAGACUGGGUGGAUAACAGCUGCCCGGAUGAGACUAAGGACAAGAUGUGUGACGACAUCGACACCACUUAUCUCUACCCCUUCACCACCACGAUUGCCACCAAGACAACCUCCAGGAGCAAAGAAGCCACUGCAGACAGGGACGCAUCCUCCACCUCCCACCCUCCCACCAGCGUCCCCACUGAAGAUGAUACUAAGAUCGCCCUGCAUCUCAGAGACAACCAGGGUAGGUCUCUAUCUUCCUCUGCUGUGGCGUCCAAUAACUGUUGUUGCUGUUUGCCUUUAUUCCCUGUUGUUUUUAUGGCUGUGUGUGUGUCUUUGUUUCCCUCCUGUUUCUGUUUUCACCACUGA